AUGGAAAAUAAAUAUUCUCAAGAGCUAAAUUAUUUCCUUCUUGGGAAUCUGAACUUCAGCAUCAAAGAGUUUACAAGGAAAAAUGGGUUUUAUCUGAACUGAAGCACAUUGCUAGAAUGUGAAUUUUUUGGGAAGUCAUGUUACCCACAGGAUUUUGAACAUAUUUUCACUGAAUACGGAAACUGCUUUACUUUUAAUCGCAAUGAUCUGAGCAAGAGCAGCGAGUUUGGAAGAGGCUUACAUUUACUUUUUGAUGUCCAACAGAAGCAAUUCACUGAUGAACCUGCUCUUGGGUAUACUGAUGCUGGUAUAACUUUUGUCAUCCAUUCACCCGAAGAGCUUCCAAGCUUUGAUAGUUUAGGUUUAUUAACACCGGUUGGCACACAUACUCAGGUUGCAAUCCACCAGCUGAAGGUAAGGACUGAUGUAGGUGGCCAGCUUGGAUUGUUUUGUGGUGCCAGUAUGAUUACAAUCAUAGAACUGCUUGAGUAUAUUUUUACUAAUUUUUGUUGGAUGUGCAUCUUUCUUCUGUUGAAACCUCCUGAAAUGCCUCAGUGAAACAAUCCACCCCAGAACCACCCAACACACAAGGAUAAAAAGAAGGGAAUACAAGAAUGUUAG